AUGAGGUCUGCCUCCCUUUCUUCUUUCGCUUCUUCUGCGCCCAGAAACAUUGUCUUCUUCAGCGUCUCCAAGGAGGAGAAGAAGAACCUCUUGUACUCCUACAAUGGCGGCGGCCACGAGCUGCAGGCGUUGGCCCUCAACUGGCUGGGCCAGGCCAAACCCUACCAUUCCUGGCACUCCCACACCGCCGACAACAUGACAUUCGGGUUCCUGAUGCACGGCGGGUACACCUUUUUCGCCAUCGACAACGCCGGCAGCUCGGAGAUGCUGCUGUUCCUCGAGCGCCUCCGCGACGCCUUCGAGGCCGCGCCGAAGAACGACAGGGUGGAAGGCGAGCUCAGCUGGGUCGUCAGGAUCGGGGCGGAGAAGGCGUGCACGGAGGAGAGAAAGCCAAAGGACGUCUACGGCGGCGGCGAGUCGAAGGUGGAUGUGCUGCAGGAAGACGCAGGUGGCGUGGUGUCGUCGGGGAGGAGCUCGAGCUCGGUGCUCAAGGCGCAGCAAUGCGCGCGCAGGUUGUGGUGGCGCCAUGCGAAGACCGUUGCCGCGGUCGACGUGCUGCUGUGUCUGGCGAUGUUUGCGGUGUGGUUGGUGGUGUGCGAAGGCCUUCAAUGUGUUGGUCGACGAUGA